UGGAUUGCCGUAGCUGAAGCCAUUCGAGAAUCCUUGUAUGAUGACAAGAACGAGAUCGGCGAUCCAGAACGUACUUGGGGACCCAAGUAUAUCCGUAACUGUGUGCAUAGUUGUCUUACUUAUUGUAAGCACACGGACACAGGCGGUUUGGAAGGAGCAACAAUGCGUUUUGCGCCUGAGAGCACCGAAGCGCACAAUCGGGGAUUGCCAGCGGCUCAUAGAAGGUUAGACCGUAUGGUGAAGCGUAAAUUUCCUUGGAUAUCCUAUUCGGAUUUGUUCGCUGUGUCAGCCUGUGUAGCGAUUGAGUGUGCCGGUGGCCCGGCGAUUCCGCUAGCUGUGGGCCGCUUAGACUCUGACGGCCGUUAUUUAGUCCUCCCAGGUGGGGGAGAGUUAGGACAAGAGGAGAACAACACGAAAGUCGUGAAGCCACCAAUUCAGCCUGGGCGUUUGCCCUAUGCCGAAUACGGUGAGUACGAGGAUGAAGCGUCCGAAUUAGUCUUAAUCACCAGUCAGAUGCGCAAGAAGUUGAUCGACCGCGUUGGAUUGACAGAUCAGAUGCUUGUAUGUCUGAUUUGCGGUGGUCACGCCUUUGGACGCUGUCAUAAGGAAGUUUCUGGGUAUAGGGGACCGUGGCAAGCGACGCCUGGAGUUUUUAACAACUCUAUGGCCAAAAAUUUACUGAACGAAAAAUGGAGACUGGUCAAUAGUCAGGGUGUGUGCAUCGGCGGGGGCGAGGGUCAUGAGGUUGCUGGAGGUGAAAAAACGGAGGAAGCUGAAAAGCAGCAAGCCACUAGUGCUCCGGAGGAAGGCUGCCCUUUCCUCAAGAUGCUCAACACAUCGACUACUUCUUCUACAGAACAAGAUCAAGACCUAUCUUCUCCAGGAAAUUCUCCCGUGUGUCCUCAUGGCAUCCGCCGUCAAUAUGUCAAUGACAACGAGGACAUGAUGAUGUUGAUGAGCGACAUGUGCUUAUUGCGAACGCCAACGUGGCGAAAAUGGCUCCAAAUCUACGCCGAAGAUGAGCAGCGCUUUCGAGAGGAUUUCGCAAUCUUUUUCAAACAAGCCUUAGAAUUGGGC